AUGGAGAAAGUCUUACCGCCAAUCUAUCAACAUCCUUAUGUUGAUGUCUUCCAGAAAUUUAAACUAUUUGAGGCAUCUCAGGUAGCUAAAGAGGGAGAUGUCACACAGUCUAUUGAUAAGAAACUCGGCAAGAAGAUUUAUAAAAUCCAAGGAGCAACUUCGGCGUCUAACUAUGUAAUGACUCCUAGCAAGAAGGCUAAAUACAAGUCCCUUGGACUAACAGGGAGGUAUAAUUAUGUGAUAAUGAAGGCCCAGACUGGGAAAUUAUUCUCAACCCAUCUUGACUUCAUUGUUAAUGGAGAUAAUCUGUGCAGAGUCUCUAUAUCAAAUAUAUUCAAGGACUUCAAAGCAUCGGGAAGUAGUAUCCAAAUUCCUGUAAAAGAGAUGGAAGCCCAGAAAUGGACUAUCAUCCAGCUGAAUAUCUUCAACAUUUUGGAGGAAAAUGGCAAAUUCAACAAGAGUGCUAAAGAGAAGGAGUUUUACCUCAGAUCAUUUCAGAUUUGCUCGAAUCAAUUCAUUAGAGGGAUUAUCACCUCUGAUAUUGAUUAUAAUGUGACUAACUUCCCGAAGGAAUUAUCGCUUAAGUGUAAAGCUAGUGAGGAUUGGUUCAAACUCUAUGGCUGGGUCAAUAUAGGUAAAAGUGAGGAGGAAGAGCCUCAAGAAAGAAAACCGCCAAAGAAGGUCCCAAAGCCAAAAAGGCCGAAAUCUGUGCUUAGAAAUACAACUAAGGACCCAAAGAUGAAGGAUACAAGGGAAAGAUCUAAAAAGAGAGUUGUUUUUGAGCUGGAGAAAGAUGAACCCACAAAAGAUGAAGACUUGCUUGAUGACCAAGAGAAUAUUAAGGAUAUUUCAAACCUCCGGGAAGAGAGAAAGUCACUCAAACAGAUGCACCAAGAUCAUGAGAAUAAAGAUCAUCUUGCUAUUACAGCUGAGCUAGAGAGGGUUAGAGAUAACUCCUCACUCUUCGAGCGUACGAAAACCGAAAUCGAAGAGAUCAAGAGACAAUAUGAAAUCGAUCUUCAUGGCAAGCCUUCUGAAGCGGAUUUUUCUGUGAAAAAUAAUGAUAAAUUUAUGGUACAAAGACAUCCAGAUCCUCAUGGAAGUGCUGAUCCUAAGGAUGUGUUUCUGUUGAAGCCUGACCCAAUCAUGAGGUUGAGUCAAUGCGUAGGGUCUCAUCCAAAAUACAAUUCUCAAUCAAUACUUUUCCAUAAAAAUAUGAGAUAUGGAAAUGAUGUCUUAUAUGGAAGUGCCAACAUGGUUGUUUCAAUGAACACCAAAUCUAUGAAACAGAAGUUCCUGUUUGAUCAUCCUGAUCACGUCAGGAAGAUCGCAAUGACCUCAGAAUUUAUCAUCUCUGCUUCAAAGCCUGGCAAAGGAAAUAACGAGAAAAAGAAGAAAAAGAAAUUUAAUAAGUUGGUUCAAGACCAAGAAAUCCAAAUCAUUGUAUGGGAUGUACACACUGGUGCCAACAUUGUGAGUUUCAAGCCACCAAUUGAGGAGAUCUGUAGCAUGUAUGUCUCCUUUAAGAACACAUAUCUUGUCCUUAUAGGAACUGAUUAUCAAGGCAGAGAUAUAAUCCUAGCAUAUAACUUCCCAGAUAUGGUGAAGUACAAUAAAAUUGACCUGAUUACAAGACAAUUGAGUGAUUGGAACAUCCAGGCUGUCCAGAACCACCCAAUAAACGACCUCAUGUUCAUCACAGGAGGUAAGGAAAGCAUCAGGUUUUGGAAAAUAAAAGGCUCUAUUACUGGGACAAAUGUGAUCCAUAAUAAACUUGGCAGAGGAAAGGAAUUCACCCAGAUUCUUUAUGACUAUGAAGUAUAUGAUGAUAAUGAAGAUACUUUUGCUAGAAAACCUACAAAAGAUAAACCCCUUGGUAAGGUUUAUAUGAUCUAUGUGGGAACUAAAUGAGGCCAUUUAUUCCAGAUCAAUUACUCUUCAAAAGAGAUUGACCAAGUUAUUAAAAUUCAUGAAGAUUCUAUCACAGGCUUGUUAAUGACAAAUGACAGAAGGUAUUCUAUUUCAAGCUCUCUUGAUGGAAUGAUUAGACUAUUUACUACAGAUUUUUCUCAGUGCAUCUCUGAAUUGAAGACGAAUAUCCCUAUGAUAAGCAUUAGUCUUGACCUUUACUCCAAAAAGUUGGCUACUUUUACAACAACUGGGUCUCUCAGUGUGUACGAAAUUGACGAACAACAAUACACUACAAUAAUGCGCUCUCAUACAGAAAACAUAAGCUCUCUUGAUUACAUGAAUCGUACGGAUACUCUUGUUACUGCUUCUGCUGAAGAAUCGAGUGUUAAGAUCUGGCACCAGAGCACUAAGACACAGUUGUAUGAAUUUAUUACAGAUAAUGACUACCCUGAAAGAGUUAGUUGUCACCCAUUUGACCCCUUCCUCGCAGUUGGAUAUAAAUCAGGUUUUGUGAGGGUCUUCGACUCAAUAAUAUCCAAAGUAGUUUAUGAGAACAUGGUGUUUGAAAGUGCGAUAAAAGAUCUCAAAUUUUCUGGAGAUGGUAAAUACCUUGCCAGCAUCUGUGAAAACUCAAGGAUUGUCAUCCACGAUGUUGAGAAAGAAUUUGUGCCAAUUAAGACUAUUGAUUAUGAUUUCCCUAACAACAACUACUACUCUAUUGACUUCUCUAAGGAAGGAAAUUUGAUGGCAAAUAUCUCAACAAAUGCUAAUACAGUCACAGUAUGGGAGACCAUAAAUUUCACUCUCCGUUAUGAGAUAGACCUGACAGGACACUUACUCUAUAAAUUGAGAUUCGCCCCAAAUGGAAAAGAUCUAGUUGUACUAACUACCACCUCAAAGCUAAAGUUUUUCAGGAUCGGAGUUGGAGAAAUCUCUGAAUACAAAGAUAUUCCUGGAGUGCAUGACCACUCAUGCAUAGACUUUGAAAUCUCUCCUAAUAACAAGUACAUUGCUACCUGUGGAAAGGACGGACUGAUCAAGAUAUUUGACUAUUUUAUGAGAGGUAAUAGAGUAACUCCAGCCUCACAGUCCUUUGUUGGACACUAUAAUUACCCAUUGAAGCUAGCCUGGGGUGGAAGCAGCAAAGGAGACAAACUCUUCUCAAUUAGUGAGCUCAAUGGCAUCUUUGAAUGGCAAUUCAACGGAGAAUCUUCAGCUCAUAUCGAUAAUAGAGAGAUCGAGAAAUACUAUGAAAAUAUCACUGGUGAAGAAAAUCGUGUUGAUAGAGGGGGACUUACCUUGAGCAAAAAUCAUUGAAGACCUUCUGAAAUAUUGAGAACCAUGAAGCUCAAAGACCAAGGACUUAGAGAGGCAAUCAGUAAUGUUAAUCUUAGGAAUGGAGUGAAUACAGGUCAUCAUCAGAUUGGACAACCUGACGAGGAGGAAGAAGAACCUAAAACUUUGGACUUGAAUCCCUAUCAGGUUCCUGAUAAGUCAGAAAUUAACCCUAAUGAUAAUUUACGAUAUACUUACAAAGAUUCGCAUGAUAUUGCAAGGGAUAACCAUGAUAGAAUGAAUCCUCUAAUCCCAGGAGGAACUGAUACUUUAGCUAGAGCGACUGACACAAAGCAUGAAGAGUUGAAGAGUGACUUGUUCAAAUAUUAUUCAAAGGAGCACCCAGAGAAAUCAUUAGAUCCCAUUAUUCAAACUAAUUUGAUGAACUAUAAAUAUGAGGCGAUUGACAUCACCAUGGCUCAUAAUUUGGCAUACAGUAGCUCCUAUAGGCAAAAGAAGAACAUUAUUUGGCAUCAAGAAGAUAGAUGGAUUGGAUAUACAUUUGAGUCAAUUGUAAUCAUAGAGAAACUAAACCUAGAGAGAACCCAAAAGUUCCUUAAAGAAGGCAAUGACGCAUUGAGUGAUUUGAAACUAUCUCCAAAUGGCAAGCUGAUAAUGGCCUAUACAUAUAACGCAACAAUAGAUGGCCUGCCUAUGAUUUAUAUUUGGGAUUCUAGUACUUUUAAGAAAGUUGCGGAAAUCACAAUCAAUCAAAGAACAAUUGUGUCUGCUGAUUUCUCUCCAAACAGUAAUCUAAUUCUAGCUGUUUCCUUUGAUGACACAGAUGAAGAUAAUCCUAACUCGGUAGUAGCAAUAUGGGACUUCUUAGAUGGAAAUUGAGAACCACUCUGAAGGUCACAUAUUCCUUAUGAAAUUACAGGUGCAUCUUGGAAUUAUUUCUUAAAGAAUUUAGAGUUUGCCACUUGGAAUAACACUAAUUAUUACUUCUGGAAAGUAACAGACGAGCUCUCUUUCCAAUAUCAAGAGGGAAGUAAGAAAUUCCAAGUUGAUCCAGAGAAAUCAAGAGAUCUAGACCAGUCGUUAAAUUCAAUAUUGCUUGGAAAUGAAGAAGGUGAUGCUAAAAUUACUUCCCUUCAGUUUGCUUAUCCAAUGCAGACUCUAAGUACUGUAUUCUUGCUCAUCGGUCUUUCUAAUGGGUACAUCUGGACUGUUGACUCAAGAACCAAUUCAUUAAUAUCACAAGUGAAAGUUUCAGAGACAUCGAUCCAAACUAUAGAAGCUAAGGAGCGCCAUAUAAUAAUAGCUUCAGCUGAUAACAAUAAUAUAUCUUGCUGGGCAUUGCCUAAUGAGUGCGAUCUCAGCAGAAGAAGCUACAAUCUAUUCUCGAACGAAGAGAACACUCUCUUACUCGAUGGUAUUGCUAAAGGAUUUUGUCUCAAUGAACUUACUGCUGAAGGAUUUGUGACUACAACAAGCGGGUCUAUCUGGUAUAUUGAUUGGCAGAUGGAGACAACUCUUAAGAUAAACUCCUUCCAUUCUAACACUUCAGAGCUAUGCAAAUUCGUAUUCAAGUAUGUCUCUCCUGGCGAGUUUGAAGUUGCUGAGAAAAAGGGAGAAGAGAUCGACUACGAGUUCGACAAGAAUUACUAUGUAAUGUCAAGCAGUAGUGAUGGCAUCCUCAAGUUAUGGAACAUGCAUACUUCUGAGCAAAUGAUGCAAUUCGUUGUGCCAAAGGAGAAAUGCACCUCUCUGGCUAUUCAUCAGUUCAAACCAUAUGUUAUUGCUGGGUUCACAGAUGGAUAUAUCAGAUUCUUCGAGAUUGAUAAGAAGAAUGCCAGUCUUGGAAGAUGUCUUGUAAGUGAAGAUGAUUAUAUCAUCUCUCUCAAGAUUAUGCCCUCUGGAAAUCAUGUCAUGGCAGCAAGUUCGUUGGGCCUGAUUAUCCUUAUCUUCAUUGAAAGAUGGGAACCAUUAGGAAUUCGGAUAGAGACACUUGCCUGAGUCAACGCCCCAGUUCACAGCUUUGAGUUAUCAUAUAUCGAACCUUAUAACAAGUUCUUGGUGGGCUCGAAGACAGGGAAAGUUUUGAUGUACAAUAAGAGAAACUUUAACGCCCUCAACCAGGAAGCAUUUAAUAUGGUAGAUGUGCCUAAAUACAACUUCAUGGACUGCUUCAAUGCUCUUGAUUAUAUCAAGAAUGGCAACUCAGAAGUUAAAAACCUAACUCUGGAUCAUUAUUAUCAAGUGAAAAAGAGAGAAAAGGUAGAUAAUGUUCAGAAGGAAGAAAAUGAAUGCUCUGGAGUCUUCUUACCUAAUGACAUGACUCUUUAUAUCUCAUUUAUCAAGUGAAGCAACACUAUCUUCUUCCGGAACUUUGAGCUCAGACAAAUAGUAAAGAGAAUCACUCUGGAGCAACCUCCUCAGGAUAUUCGAAUGUUUAGUAACGGAAAGUUUUUCCUUGUAACAAUGGCUAACAAUACUUUCCGUGCUCUAGACACCUUGAAUGAAGAAAAUGUGUUACUAGUAAAGACGCCUCAUGAAAGAAUCACUCAGAUAGAGAUUGCUCCAAAUGGAAGAUAUAUCCUCACAGGAGGUGAUAAGGGCGAUGUUGUUUUAUGGAAAUCCAAAAUUCUAGGGUUCUCAAAUAAUUUAAGUUCACAAUAA